CACCACUCUGGAUCAGCAGACGACGGAGGAAUCCGAGAUAGCCGAUGUAUCACGAUUGUCUUACCACGUUAGAAAUUAUUGACGAAUUAACAUAAAUGAUCUGUUUUCACGCCAAAUUUGAAUUUGGAUUUCUAAGGUUCGACGUCUGCGGAAUGAUAUAUGUCAUUCCAGUACAAUGAAGGUCUCAGAUGGUUUUAUGAAAGAGUUAUUUUUUCAUGCGACAACAUUGUUGAAGGAGGUUGAGAUCAAGUACCCUGAUUGUGGUCCAGAAAUUGAACAUCAACUAAAUGUUCUUCAAAAGCUCGAAAAAGAGGACUUUGUUUUAACUACGCAACACCAGAUUGAUACAAUUAUUGAUGCAAACCUGGGAAUGAAACAGACACUGAUCGACUUCACAGAGGGACAAAGUCAUAUGAAAGAAAUUGUUAAAAAUUUAACCAUGGAAAUAAAUGUCAAUAAAAGUGAGACUGAUAGGUUAAGAAAAGACCAAGAGUCUAAUUUGGAAGCUCUUGAACAGCGUUGGCAUGAUUGCCAGAGCAAUUUAGAGACCUUGAAACAAAAUCAAACAGAACAAGCACAGAAUUUAUCAACCUUAGGAAAAGAUAAGAAUGAUAUCAUGGACACCAUACUUGCACUGUCAAAAAGAGUUGAACAACUUGAAACAAAAAUAAAUCAAACAACUACAAAUGAUGUCAUUCUUCCAAAAGGCGAAAUCCUGCAUGGCAAAUUGGAAUCCAAGUUAACCAUCCAUGCAGAGGAUGUUGCAGCUGACGAAAAUAUUACAAAGAGACUGGAUGAUGUAGCAAACAGUAUAAUUAACCAGACACCUGUACAACAGCAAAACUCUACUCUUAGAAUCUAUUUUUAUGCACCAUUCCAAAUAAUUCAGAGAGGUUUGAGCAGAAUUAUAUGCACAAAAAGAAAAUGUCUGGAGCUUUAUAUUGAAUCUCCCUCGAUACAAAGCUGGAUCACAUUAUGUGAGGAUUUCUCCAAUGGUUCAAUUGCAAUGGAAUUCGAGCCGGUACAAAGAUAUCUAAGAACAUUUGAAGGGUGCGAAAAUUUGACUUUGAGAAUGGAAUUUGACGAAGAAUAUUUUGCAUGCUGUGCAAAAGCAAGCAUCAACCACUUGAACUCAAGGUUAAAUUAUUUAACGGGUUCGGAAGAAGACUGCUCAACUGGCGAACAAAAGUCAUGUGACAGCUCAGAGGGGGAGAAGGCUCUUGCUGAAAGUAAAAGAGAAAGAGUCAACUUAAGCAUCACAACCAAUGUAGGUCGUGCGGAGGAGGAGAAUGCUCAACACCUGGAACAGUUACAACAGGAUCACCUGACGCCCGACUCUGCCAUAUGCCAGUCCAUCAAAUACAAGGUUAAAGUUGAGAAAAACAAUUCUACCUAA